AUGGAGGAGAAAAGGGGCCUUAAAUGGAACAAAAUCAAACUAACAACGGAGGAAGAGGAAGCGUUAGUGAUUGGGAACUCGGAUGAUGUCACCAACACUGUCAACAAUUGCCUUGUAGGCAGAGUCUUAACCCACGAGAAGAUCGACAUGACAGCCUUGAAAUCAACGAUGAAGUCCGAGUGGAGGUUCGCCAAGGGCUUAGACAUUAUAGAGUUAGGGAACUCCAUGGCUCUAUUCCAGUUCGCCAAUGCGAGGGAUAAAGCAAGAGUGUUGGAGGGGACACCAUGGGCGUUUCACAAGAACCUGUUAAUACUUUCAGAAUAUGACGGCAGUAUAACGCCGGAAUCGCUGGAGAUGAACCGGUGCUCCUUUUGGAUUCAAAUCUCCAAUCUGCCGCUAAAGUGGAUGAACCAGAGAGUGGGCGAGAGGAUCGGGGAUAAACUGGGAUGUUUUGAGGCGGUUGAAGUUGAUGAAAAUGGGAACGGUUGGGGGAGGUUUAUGAGGGUGAGAGUAAACAUUGAUGUCUCAAAACCUCUAAGGAGAUUUAUGAUUCUUGAACUCCAGAAGAGAGAAAGAUGCAGGGUUAUAUUAAGGUAUGAAAGGCUACCAAUUUUCUGUUUCAUUUGUGGAGUUUUAGGACAUAGUGAGAAAAGUUGCGGCAAUUCGGGCGAGGAAGAAGAGUCCCAAUAUGGGGUAUGGAUGAAAGCUCGCGAGCCUCGUAAAGAAGACAGGAAGAACAUAAUUGUGUGGAGAGACCGGACAAGUGGCCUGGCCAGCCCCGAGGUACUGGAUCUCACAGAAGAUGAGCUGAUUGAAAAGUUUGCAUUGGGUGUUCGCAUGGUUACUUCAUUCGCUCUAGCCAUCUCCUAUUCUUUCCCUCUCAAGUUAUAGAUCUUGAGGAUCUAUCCUCUGAAAUUCAAUUCGUUGUGGAGGAAAAGAACGAAAGAAGACAACGAGUUUGAGGAGGAGGCUGAUGAAGAAUAUUGUCUUUAAUUUGCAGGCUGUUUGAUUAAGUGAUUAGUGUUUUCAUUUGGUAAUGUUAUGGUUUGUUGCACUGUAAAUAUUGUUGCUCAUUCUCUAUUGCUUUAAACAAAAUGUAAUCAUUAUUAAUCUUACUUAAUUGGGUCUAAAAUAUGUUAUUGUUACACACAC